GUCUUCCGCCAACCACUGAAGCUGUUCUCGACCCAGCCCAUGACAGGCUUCUACCGCGAUGGCUACUGUCGGACUGGCACCACGGACUUCGGCAACCAUGCUGUGGCUGGCGUUGUCAGCGAUGAGUUCCUCGACUACUCCGCCUCCCAGGGCAAUGACCUCAGAACUGUUGGGCUGAGGGGGGGCUGCAAGUGGUGUUUGUGCACAGCCCGGUGGCUCGAGGCAUUCCGAGCGUAUGAGAAUGGUACCAUCUCGAGAAAUGCGGUCCCGAAGAUUGAUCUCGAUGCAACAGAGGAGAGCGCCCUGCAGAGGAUUGACCUGCAGACCCUGAGGGGCUUCGCGGUGGAGAGGGAGGGGCAGCACCAGCAGGUCAAUGGUGUGAACGGGGUGAACGGCAUCAAUGGGGACCAUAUGCAUUGA